UGAGAAGCAGCCUGUGGAGAGCUCUGCAGCAGUGGCAGUGAGGUCUCUGCGGCUAUAGCCAGGGUCCAGGCGGGGCGGCCCCAAGUGUGCGCCGGGCUGCAGCAGCCGCCCCAGAGCUUGCCGACAGGCUUUGAAGCAGGCUACAGCCUGGGAGCCCCCCAGCUGUGGUGGGCAACCCCAUGGGUGGGGCUGGGGGGUGAACAUAGACCAAAGGGUGUGGGGCCAGAUGAAGCUGGGAUUGCAGAGGCCACAAGCGUUGAUGGCCGUGUUGAGGUGGGGUUUAAGGGAUGGUGGUUGGGAUCAAAAGGGCUGGAGAGGAUCUACAGGGCCAAGGCCACAUCUGUCUUCUUCACUGCUAGAAUCUUAGCGGCCAGCAUAGCGCAUGACCCAUAGUAGGUGCUCGUAAACUGUUGCAAGAAUAACAACAGCCACAGUAAUAGUGCAUGUGUCAAGAACUUCCCAAGUGCCAGACCUGUGCUGGGGACUUAAUCCUAAUAGCAAGAUCCUUACAAGAAGCCAAGAAAGUAGAUACUAUUAUCGCUCUCAUUUUACAGAUGGGGAAACUGAGGCUCAGAGAGGUUAAGAACUUGCUAGUACCUGUCAGAGUCAGGACUUGGACUCAGGUCUGUUUUACCCCAAAGCCCAGGCUCUGCUCUGUCCCUUUGGUCUCGAUUGUGUGGAGCUCAUUGGGAGCAUUGCAGGCUGCAAAGCUGAACCCACUCCUGUUGAGUUUAUGAGCUGAAUUCCUCUGGCCUCAAGGAAAGACUUGGCCCUUACUGCCCCUCCUGGGCGUGACCUCAGAGCUCUGGACCUGGGUCAGGGCUGGACCACAUGCUAUCGGGGGCCAAAAGGGUUGUUUCUUGGUUAAAAGCAGGACCUCAGGGCUUUCAGAAUAAAUAUUACCUGGAAAAGUGUUUAUAAAUGACAUUUAAGAUGACAUCAGGUUUGGGAAUUCCCUGGUGGUCCAGUGGUUAGGACUCUGCACUUUCACUGCCGAGGGCAUGGGUUCAAUCCCUGGUUGGGGAACUAAGAUCCCGCAAGCCUCCCAGCGCAGCCAAAAAUUAAGUUAAAUUUUUAAAAAAAGAUUACAUCAGGUUUGAUGCAUGAUGCAAGGACAGUUAAGAACUGUGUAUAGGUUGAUUCCUCCUUUCUAACUUUGGUCCUGGUCCUGGCUUAGCUUGGAGCUCACUGUUGGACUUCUCUGGCCCAGGUGCCCUCCUCUGUGUGGUCCAGGGAUGGGCUAGAGGGUGUCCUAGGCUCGGAGACAAUGGGAAUGGCUGGACUGAGGAAUCUGAGGGCAUCCCUGCACAUGGGUGUCCCCUCCCCAAACCCCUUGGAAACCAGAUCCACCUCCCAACCCUGCUGCGGCAUUUUGAGGGUUUCUUCUUCUACCACUGCCCUCCUCUACUCCUCCCGUGCCACCCCCCACGCCUCCCCCCGCCCCUGCCCUGGCUCUGGUCACUGAGGGCUAGUCAGGAGCUCAGGAGUCUGGCCCAACAGCAAUCUGGCCGUAGUCCAAAGGAAAUCGAGGGCCAGCAGCCCUGGCCUGGCACAAAAGCCGGCUUUCCUGAAAAGCCUUGGUCUAGGAACAUGCUCGCCUUUGUCUUUUGUUUUCUUCUUCGUUAAUUUUAAAAAAUAUUAGCACACACAAAUAUUACUUCAUUUAAUCCCUAUGAGAUAUGGAUAUUGUACAGAUGGGGAACCUGAAGCACAGAGAGACACACUUUGCAAGUGCUGGAGGAGAGACGUGAAUUCAGGCAUCUACCUCUGUGUUCCCUGCCCUUACCACCUGCUACCUUGCCUCUCAGACAACAUAUCUAUCCACUCAUUUUUGAAAAGUUGGGUUUUAUAGCUACAGCUGGGUCGCCUUGGCUCCCCCAUCCCAUCCAUCCCCACUCCUCACCCCCGCCAGGAAUUUAGUGUUUCACCCUCUUCCUGUAUUUUUAUAGUGUUAGACCCAGGUGUGUAUCUGUAAAAGCUGUUUGGUGUGGUUUUUGGAACCCCCUAACUCAACCUCAUUAGAGGGCUCCACCCCAAGAGGGCCCCUGUGACAGUUGCAGCAGCCCUGCCCUCCUCCAUCUGCUUACACUUGGCGUGAGGGGCUUGGGUGGGAGCAUCCUGGGGCCUGAAGCCUCCAGCAAGUCGUUUCCACUCCUUGCCUUGUUCACUUGGGAUAAACCGCUGGACUGAGUCCAGGCAGAGCCCCAAGGGCCUUCCUUAACUGGCAGUAGCUGCAAGGGUUAGACCCAAGUGAGCUUCCUGACUGUGGCCCCAGGGCAGAACUGUCCUCUGGGCUGGUACAGGCAGCUGAACAGACCAGGUAACUCAGAGGCCCCCAUCUUAUCUUUGCUCCUCAGAAGCUGGCUGGAAUUAAUUGGGGCAGGAAUGCAGUGCCAAGGCUGGGGAUGAGAUCUCCAAGUCUCUUCUGCCUCCCACCCUUGAGCCGUCGCUGACCAUCAGCCUCCGCCUCUCUGGGCCCUGCGCCAGGCCGCCCUAGCUCUCGCUCCUAGGCAGCACACUAACUCUUCUGCGGUGGCCAUCCACCCCGCAUGCACGUGGACUGGGAAGAGGCCAGACCUGGUGGGAAGAAUGACUUCUCACGGUUCCUUUAGUCAUUUACGACUGAGGACCCACAUCACCUCCUAUGAGGGCAGGGUGUUGCUGGCAAAAUCCAGCGGGUCCCGGGUAGGUGGAGGUCUUAGUGAGGAGACCCAGUGUAGGGGGGAGAACCUGGCAACCACUCGGCUCCUGCGCCUCACACGUGUGGUCUCCAUUGCUGUGCGCUACCAGCUGGCCUGGGAGGCCUCUCACCGAGUGGUAAAGAUCUCUGGCCAGGAACCCCAAAGGGCUGGAUUCAAAUCCCGAUCUGUCACUACUUGCUCUGAGACCUUGGGCAAGUCAUUUAACCUCUCCCGGCUACCCUUUCCUCAUCCGCACAAUCUGUACACACGUCACAAAGUGGUUGGGAAGACUGGUGGGAUUCGGGGGGCGGGGGGCGAACCCUGCAGGGUGCUAGGCACACAGGAGGCUGCCACUGGUGGCGGCUGCCGUGUCUAAGUCUGCACCUCCACUGCUUUCUUCAUGCCUUUUCUACAAAGCGUUUUUGUUUUGCUCCCAAGGGAACAAAACCUCUGAACUCCUCAAAUGCCUUCUUCCCUGAGCCUGGCUUUCCCUACUGCCAAAGACAGCCUGAGCCGAGGUUGUGCCCUGGCCUCUGCCUCAGGCACAUGGGCUCCCGGAGGGCUGGGCCUUGAGGAGCUGGGAGGGUGACUGCCUGGACAGGGGAUGCCCAGCCCCCAGGCUGCUGCAGAGUCCCCAGACAGUGUGUCGGUAGCAUCAACUAGCAGCUCGGCUGCAGCAGCUCCCGGAAGCUUAUAUUUUCCUCUGAAAACAUCCUGUCCUGAGGGGCGUUUACCUCAGAGAGGAAGAAGGAAAACAAAAGUAAACGAAUGCAUAGAAACCGCUGGAGGCUGUGGGCCAGGCCACUCAGCUAAGUGAGGUUCCGCUAGCUCCGGGGGUGCCUCGGGGCCAGGCUGGGUCUAGAGCAGGCCUGUGGUUUGCCAAGCCUGUAGGCAGGGACUCAAGUCCUUGCCUCUGCUGUGGCAGGACCCCCUAUCUGAUGUCAAGGCCAGGCAGCUGGUGGACUGGCCACGUGGACCUGGGAGGGCUCUGUGCAUCCCUGGCCACAGUCCUGUGCUGGCAGGCGGGACUAAAGCCUCCUGGUCCGCAAGGGUGUAGCCCAGCCAUACCCUAGCCCUCCAGCUCAGCUGGCCACACGGCCGCGGCUCCAUGCUCUGCGGUGGGCGUCUAGCACAAGGCGUCCAGCACGCUGUGGGCGGGGUGCUUGAGGGCCGUCCUCUGGAGAGCACCAUGUCCUGGGCAGCGGGGGCUGGCAAUAAAAGGGCAUGAGCCCAGCCAGGGGAUAUCUGCAGACGUGGGGUCUGGGGAGCCUGCACAUCACGGCUUGGCUGAUAUGCAGGCGAACCUCCUUUGGAGGACCUGCUUCCUUCUGGGAAGUUCAUUCUCGUGGUCCCAGGCCGUGGGGCAGCUUCCCACUCAGAAACUGGCCAGACUCCUUGGUGCUUAAGCACCGUGGGUGCUGGACAGUGGAUCCCCAGCUCCAGACCUAGAGGACUGGGGGAGCUGUGUGUGGUGGGCACUAGUGGGCCCUGGAGCUGGGAGAGGAGUCCAGAGGAACUGAUCAAGGCCAGAGCAGAAGUUGAGUGGCAGACCCUGGAUGGAGCGUGGCCUGGUUUCUGGCAAUGCAGGGAAGAGAAGUGAGAACUGGAGAGGACCUUUUGAGCAGGGCCACUGUGUGGGGUUAUGCAGGGAAUCUGGGCCAAGGAGCUGAAAUCUAGCCUGCACUAUGCUCCACAAGCCACGUGCCCUGGUGUGGGCCUGGCUGUCUCUCCAGAGGAAAGGGUACUUUUUCUAGUUAGCACAAAGGCACCAUAUGAACUAGUGGUAGCCCUGGCUUUGACUGUCUGGUGAAUUCUGACUCGCAAGGUGUUGCAGGAAGGAGGAGAUGGGGUAGAAGGAGGCACAGGGUCUCAGUUGCCAGGCAGGAUGUCCCUGACUCCCAGCAGUGGCCCCAGUUCCUCCCAGCCUCCUGUGUGCUGCUGUGACCAUGCCCAGCCCCAGCCAGGGUGCUUUGUCCAGUGCUGCCACAUGCUCCCUAAACACUGGCUCACACUGGGCCCUACCUACACGUACUGCUAGAGACCUAACUUGAGAGCCCAACAAGUGGUGGGAGAGCUCUCCAGGCAGAGGCAACAGCAUGGCCCUUGAAGCCAAAGUGGCUGGAGCACAGAGGGAGAGGAGGUGAGAGAUGAGAAUGUGGCUGUCUGGUGUUGCCUGAAGACCCUGAGAGACCUUAAAGGGGUCCCCAGCACUGACUUGCAAUUUUCUCAGCGUCACUGAGCCUCACGACCCUCAUGAGUAAAACAGGAAGGAUAAUGCCUGCCUCAAAUCAGUUGUCACAUGUGGCAUUUACAAUACUGAAUUUCACAUCUGUGCACUUCGCAGAGAGAACAAUAACUAUCAAUAGCCCACCCUUCUGUCUAGUUCGAGGUGUGGAUCUGCCCUCCUUCUGUGGACUCAUCCCAAGGGCCGUUCCGCAGCUCCAGAGCGGGCAUCAGGAAUACCGCCCCCCCUCUUCUAGGAGCCAAGAGACUGAAGUCAGGUCCAUGGUUGGAUGAGUGGGUAGGCAUGCACGGGUUCUGGGGCAUCAGGUAUUCUAGAGGCCUUCAUUCAGCAAGUCUUAAUGAACAUGCCAAGCACAGACCCUGGAGAGGCAGAGAUGACUAACAAGCCGAUUCUGCCCUCCAGGACCCCUAGGCCAACAACCCCUGCAGCAAGUGGGCAGCUCUGCCUGCUGGGCUGGUGGAACCCCACCCAGGUCACAGUCCUAAGGAAGUGGCCCUUAGACUGAGGUCAGGAUGAGAAGGAAUCAGUAUGGCAAAGAGUAGGAGGAAGUGUGGAAAGCUGGGAGGGGAGGGUGUAAGGGGUGGAUAAAGGUGCAGAGGCGAAGAGCUGGACACCUGGGUAAGAGAGAGGCAGGCCUGCGUGGUUGGGUAUGGCUGGGGUGUGGCUGUGCGAGAGUGAGUCGGGGAGAUGUGGGCUGGGGACCUGGGGUCAUGUCCCAACUAUUGCCAUCAGGCAAGCUCCCUGUGCCAACAGCCCUGGCAGGCAAGCAGGCAUGGGGUAUAGCUAGAACCCCAAUCCCAGGGUCCCAGAACUUACUGGAGCAUCUUUAGGGUCAGGGGAGCACUGGCUUAGGUGACUCUGACCAACUAGGCUGAAGAAGGGAGAGACUGAGUUUAGGACUGGGACUCCUUCCCCUGUUCCCCCUUGUUCUGUCCUUGAUAACCGUAGGGCCUUUGCAGUACAGUUGGUGGAAUCUCAGCUCUGCCACUUACAAGCUGUGUGACCUUGGGCAAGCUAUGUAAUGUCUCCAUCUCAGUUUCCUCGUUUAUUAAAUGGGGAUAAUAAUUGUACCUAUUUCAUAGGUUUUAGGAGUACAUGAGUUAAACUCUAUAAGGUGCUCAGAAUUAUGCCUCGCACAGGGUAUAAACCAUCAGCUGUCAUUAGCAGAUGCUGAUCUCCUGGCCUGAAACAUUCUUCUGCCUGAUACAUUGUAGGAGCUUAGUAAAUACAUCCUGACUGACUGUGUCUGCUGAUAGUGGUCAACUGCGAAUUCUGGUGCAGUGUGUGUAUGUGUGUGUUGCGGGGUGGUGCUCCUCCUGGCACAGUCCCUGCCAAGGGGAGGCCUUCUUGGGAGGGCCUUGUCAGCCUCACACGCUUCCACCCUCCAGGCUUGAGACCAGAGGAAGCAGAAGCUUUCUUCACUGAGAAAGUGUUGUGCGGCUUCUUAAGCGUUUGGGGGUUUUCAGAGUCAACCGUUAGAGGCGAGUGAGCUUCUCUGCUGGCAGUGGCAAGGGCUCUCAGGGUGCACACAGCCUGUAAGCCGACCUCUGCGGUCUGCAGGGAAAAUGCCGACCGUGUUUAUUUUUCACCUGAGCCUGCAGGAAGUUGGGGGUUGGGGAAGAGGGAGGCGGGAGCAGCCCGGCCAGGCCCAAGCCCGACUUCAGAGCAGAGGAGACCGACCUCAGGAGUCCCUCAUUUCCACCUCCUCCUGCCUGGCCCUGCCCUAGGGCCCCUUCUUGGCUCCAGCCUGCUCAGCAAGAGGAGGGCAUGCUGGGGCACCAGAGUGAGGAAUUUCCAGCCACGGGCCAAUGAAAAGAUCCUAGAAGGAUGAGGACCGCCUUCGGGACGAUAGGUUUUGAACCGGCAUGGGGAAGAACAGUAAGAGCAAUGCUGUGGCAGGAAGGACCGCCUCUGCUAAGGCUGUUCCCAGUCCAAGGGUCUCAGAGUCUAGACUCGUCCUGGAGUGCUGCAGUCUGGAGGGGGAGAGGGGAAAGGGGCUGUAUGCAAAGGCCAAGAACAGGGGUCUUGGAGUGUGCUGAUCAAGGAGUAUGGUCUGCUGUUAGGUCUUUCAUUUGUUUAUACAUCCCACCAUGCUGGGAGCGCUUACUGAGUGCCCAGCGCUAUGCCUGGCACUCUGCCCUCAGAGGUAAGAGAUGAGGUUGUGUCGUCGAGAUACUCAGGGACGGGUGGGGACGAUCAACCCAGGCCUGCCUCCUUCCCUCGGAGGCAGGGCACAGUCACCAUCAGGGGAGGAGAGGAGCAGAGCUCCAGUCACUGGGCUCCCCAGACACAGGCCAGGCCCCAGGCAACUCCACCCUGCUGGCUGGGCAGCCUAGCCCUGGGACAGCCUUGUGCUGAGGCCGUGGAGCGGGACGUUCCAUUUGGCUGAGAGGGGCGUGGGGCACCAGGUCCUGCGCCAGACAGUUUCCCCUGGCUGCCACCACCGGGCAUGCAGGGGGCUGGGGAGUGAGGCUGAGAGGCAGCCUGCACGAACGUGGGAAGGACUGGCCAGGCCCUCAGUGCUCUGCCCUGGAGCCCUGGCACCUCAGGACCUCCACCUGCUGGCAGGUUCUCAGCCCCACCUCCACCCACCUGGCACUUCUCCUGUGGCCUGGCUACAGACCCCCGUCUAAUGAGGCUUUUCCCCAGUUCCCAGGGAAGGCUGGGGGACAGGAUGAGCCCUCUGUCCAUCUGCUCCUGUCACACACAUACAUAACCAGGCCAGAGGCUAUAGGCUGAGCUGGAUUCUGAGGUUUCCUAGACCUAGAAUGAGCUGUGUUACAACAUGGAGCUUAAACAACCUGGCCAAGGAGGGUCAGCUCUAGCUGUCCCUCAGGUGACAGGGCUUCCUGGCCCAAACGAGCCUUCCCUGGGGAAGGUGGUGUGCUGCGAAACCUGCUGUGGAGCCACCCUCUGCCUGCCCUGGGCAGAGUGGGACUCCGGGACUGUCUUCCUAGAGCUGGCACCUUGGACCCCAGGCUCUGCUCCUAAGAUUCCCCAGGGUCAGAGCUGCCUAUUCCACCAGCCAGGCUUAUAACUCUGAGAGCUGAAAAGCCAGAGCCAAGGCUGAAUGGCAGGGCCUUCUCUGAAGCAGAAGUUUAGAUUUGAAAGCUCUGUGGUCUGCAGCGCCCUGUGGAGGGUGUUCAUUCCACCCAUUGCACCAGGGCUCCAGGCGUUUGUGCCCUUAGAUGGCGAAUAGUGGAAUGCCUUCCACCAGGGUCCCAGGUUCCUGAGGGAGUGGGCCCUGAGGCUCAUCUCCAUGUGUGCCACAAGGCCUGGGAUCUGGCUAAUCCCUGUCCUAGGAACUUAUCAGGGUAAAAAGGCCCCCGAGGUUUCCAGAAAGCUUUCCACCUUCAUAGGCCCUUGGCUCCUGCUCCCAAAAAUUCUAGGAUAAAGCAGGGUUCUUUGCAUCCAUGACCAAUGAGGUAGGCAGGGUUGAUAUGAUCAUGCUCAUUUUACAAGGGGCAUACUGGCCCAGGGUCCUAUAGAGGAAAGGUCAAUGAAAAAGGUCAGCAAGCCUAGAGCUGUACUUCCCAACCCACUUCCCAUCCUGGCACAGUUAAAAAUGACCACUGGAGUAACUGGAGGAAGAGGCUGGAGGCUGAAACAACCAUGAGAAGUGCUGGGCAUAGUGAGCAAGGAGCGAGGACGGUACUGGGGUUAGAGAGGUAGUUGGGGGCCUGAUCCUGGAGCUCCAUAGGCCUGGGCUGAGGAGCGACGUGAUCUGAUUUCUAUGGCUGCUGGAUGGAGGACUGAGGAAGCAGGAGGCUGCUGCAGUCGCCAGCACAACAAGGCCAGUCAGCCUUCCCACGGCGUUCCCCAACUCUCUCCUCUCUAUGACCAUUUCAGCAGCCCACACCCCACACCUGCUCCAGCCGACAUCAGCCAGAAGCAAGGAGUUCACAGGCCUCUGCAGACCCCUGACCUCUCUGGCUUCUACUCUCUGACCUCAGGCAGCAUGGGACAGCUCCCGCACACUGUAAGCUGGCCCAGCCCUCCUCUCUACCCCCUGUCCCCUUCCUGCGGAUAUAGACAGCACUUCCCCGCCCCCACCGCAGCCCCUGGCGCCCCCUACCCCAGGUUCACCCAUCCACCCCUGAUGCUAGGUUCCGGUGUACCUGGUCACCCCGCAGCCAUCCCCCACCCAGCCAUUGUGCCCCCUUCAGGGAAGCAGGAGCUGCAGCCCUAUGACCGCAGCCUGAAGACGCAGGCAGAAUCCAAGGCAGAGAAGGAAGCCAAGAAGCCAACCAUCAAGAAGCCUCUCAAUGCCUUCAUGCUGUACAUGAAGGAGAUGAGAGCAAAGGUCAUUGCAGAAUGCACACUCAAGGAGAGCGCUGCCAUCAACCAGAUCCUGGGCCGUAGGUGGCACGCACUGUCCCGGGAAGAGCAAGCCAAGUAUUAUGAGCUGGCCCGCAAGGAGAGGCAGCUGCACAUGCAGCUCUACCCAGGCUGGUCGGCGCGGGACAACUACGGGAAGAAGAAGAGGCGGUCACGGGAAAAGCACCAAGAAUCCAACACAGACCCUGGCUCGCCUAAGAAAUGCCGUGCUCGCUUUGGCCUCAACCAGCAGACGGAUUGGUGUGGUCCGUGCAGGUGGGUUUGUCCCCACCACUGUCCUCCCUUUGCUUCAAGCUGCUUCCCUUACUCUCUGCACAUGUUCUGCUGGGCCUGCUGCCCUCCUCUGGCCCCUAGCCCCCAACAUACCCACAGACUGGGGAGCCCAUGCCUCCUAAGAAUGGGAGUGAACACAACAGCUCGUGGGGAAGACUACUUGGGUCUAAGAGGAAGGAGGAGAGACAAUGCUCUAGGAGGAAAGGAAAGGCAGACUUAGAAGGUAUUUCUGGUACCUGGUGCCCAGGGUUCCCUGGUAAUGUUGGUCUGGUGCUUAUCAGGCCUAGCAGGUCCUCAGCAGACAAAUCACACACACAGCAUUUAAAUGGCCUGAGCCCCUGUUCCCAGGCCUCAAAGUCAUCAUGGUCCACCAGCUCCCUCACUUCUUCCAGUUGGGAUCCCUGCUGUACCAUACCGAGCCCUAAGAAUAAUGAAGUGACUGUAGUAGAGAAAAACCUGAAUAACCUAAAUGCCCAGUGGCCAUGUGACUUAUAUCACGUACCUGCUGAGACCAGCGGGCUCAGAGAGGUAGGGAGAUGAACAGAGGUACCCCUGGUAGCCAUACUCAGACCCUGUGGCAUUAAACCUAUAUGUUUCACCAUACAACAGAGAAAUAUUUGUGUAUGGGAAAAGAAAGUAUACCUACCAAAUGGCUAAAGUUGCCUAGUUGAGGUUCAGGCCAGGCCUGCUAGAGCCAAGGCUCAGGCUGCUCCAGGCAGUAAGUUCACUGACUCUAGGGAAUACUUGUCCAGCCCCUAUGAGUGCCCACCAUACUCCCUGUCCAAGGGCAAAGAGGAAUUUGGGGGAAAUAAGUAUGUGUGUGUGUGUACACAUGAUGGGAGGCAACCCUGUUCUCAGAGGAGGCCCUAUUCCAUCCAUUCCACGCUACUCAGAUACAAAGUGUUGUCCAGAGAAUAAGAUGGUAGACAAGUCACUGUCCAAUUCUUUCCCUUCUCUGCCCCUAGCCUAGCUCUGAGCAUUUGGAUUGCUCAGCCCUAGAAGCCACAAGCCCAUUGCAGCCCCCCCACCCCACCCCCCGCCACUUCCUUAAUCAGAUCUGAGCCCCCCAAAUGUGAAGCAGAGCCUCAACAGCCUAGACUAGGAGAUAGCUGCCCUGGAAGAUAGCAGGCAGCCCACAGGCCAAGCUACAAAAGGUCCCUGUGCCACCUUGUGGUUCUGCUGGGAGCUGCACCUGUCCCUAGGUCUGGGCCAGGCUCAGCAGUUGUAGCGCUAAGCAUGAAGGCACAGACAUAUCACCUAAGUCAUGGGGAGCUAGGCCUAUGCAAGGACAGCAUUUUUUGGUUGUGGAGUAUGACUAUGAAUUCACCCUCUGU